AAAUCUGUAUACCUAAAUCUGAUGAUAGUUUCCGUCUUUUAGUAGAUCCUUGCAUGUAUACAGUCCACUAGUAGCAGUACUGCCCGCGUGCUCCGCAAUUGGUAGCAGCACUAGUCUGGGAGAGAGAGACUGAUCUUGAAUUCAGAACACCGUUGAGACAUCAUAAUCCCCAACUACUUUAUUUUCGCCUCAUGUUUUUUUUUUGAUAAUCUCUUAAUAAAUCAAUUCUCCUAGGUUUCCCUCCAAUGACCACCGCGGUGGUACUUGGUCUUAUGCCUGCCUUAUUUUCUUGAUUUCAAAUUCCUACUCCAAUCAAUUUCACUCCUUUAUCGUGACUCGACUUUUAACCACUCGUUUAAUCACUGCGACAAGCAAUUAAAUAAAUAUCUACGCGUACUCACCAGACAUAUCCUAUUUUAGAAUCCCGACCUUUGAGUCUUAUUACCCGCGAUACAUCAAUGACGUUGUACUACCAAGAUGCCCUCCGAAAAGUCUCAGUAUAUACCACCACCACCUAUACCCACAUACGAUGAAGCGACCGGCGGUCAUCCUGGAUCUUCUCGGCCGGACUGGCCCCCGCCUUCUUCGCCCAUAGAUACAAGACCCGACCAUGAGACCGAAGCGCAAUCCCUCCUUUCUUCACGUCCUAGGCAGGCCGACUCGUCGAGACGUGCGCCCCAAGGGUACCGACCUCCGUAUGUAGAAUCCGACGACGAAGGGUCGCAAUGGACCCUCGACGAUGAGGAAAGUGAGGACGGCGAGGACGCGCAGGUUCGGCGCGAAAUGCAGGAGCUGGAAGUUGAGGACCCGUUAGGCGAAUCGAGUUCAAGAUCAUCAUCUUCUUCAUGGAGGAAACGGAUAGCAUCCUCAUUACCGCAAUGGAAGUGGCGAUGGCGGCUCCCUAGAUUUACUGUUCGAUUACCUCGACAGACCGAUGCCGCAAGUAAUGCCGAUACGGAAUCUAGCGAGACGAGGACAAGAUUUAGGCUGCCGAGUAUCAACAGCGCUGCUGCUAUACUUCUGGUCGGUAGGUUGCUUGCGGUUUUCCUCAUCCUAGGUUUCCUGUACCUCUUAUUCAUGAGUGACCUCUUCACGAACAUGACGAGGCGCAUUGGCGGCCACAUGUUCGACCCUGAAGCUGUUCGUCAAUACGUACAGGGUGAAGUCAACUCAGACAUGCUGAGGAACACGUUGAAGCACUUUACGGGCUACGCGCACAUCGCGGGGACUGAAGGUGACUACGCGCUUGCGAUGGACGUGCGGAAUGACUUCAUGAAAUAUGGCCUAGAGGAAGUUACAGUAGACGACUACUAUGUGUACCUGAAUUACCCGAAAGCCGGCGGUAGAGCUGUCGAAAUAAUGUCCGAGGAUGGCAAGGAGGCCAAGUGGAAAGCUGCCCUUGAAGAGGAGGAAGUCGUUGAAAAGACGGCGGGCCGCCAGACAUUUGUGUUUCAUGGUCAUUCUAAAGCAGGUGACGUGAGAGGACCACUAAUAUAUGCCAACUACGGAUCGAGAGAGGAUUUCAAGAGGCUUUCUGAUAAGGGUGUUAACACUAAGGGCGCAAUUGCGCUCGUACGUUAUUACGGCACACAGGGUGAUCGGGCCUUAAAGGUUAAGGCCGCCGAAAUGGCCGGGUUUGCCGGAUGCAUCAUCUAUAGCGACCCGGCGGAAGAUGGCUUCUUAAAGGGGGAGCCAGCCCCUCUUGGACGAUAUAUGCCCCCGGAUGGUGUUCAACGAGGAGCGGUUAGCCUGAUGAGUUGGGUUGUGGGAGACGUACUCACACCUGGUUGGGGAAGCAAGAAAGGCCUGCCACGAAUGAAGACGGAGCAGACGACUGGUCUCGUUAAGAUCCCGAGUCUUCCUCUCGCCUGGCGUGAUGCCCAGGUGCUUCUACAACAUAUCCAGGGCUUUGGCGAACCGUGCCCGGACGACUGGCGGGGUGGUAUACCGGAAGUUGAGUGGUGGACGGGAAACUCCUCGUCGCCGGUUGUGCGAUUGAAGAAUGAACAGGACGAAGAAGAACAACAGGAGAUAUGGAAUGUCUAUGGUAAAAUUGUUGGCGUCGAACAGAACGAAAAAUCCAUCAUUAUCGGCAAUCACCGCGAUGCCUGGACUUUUGGUGCAACCGAUCCAAAUUCGGGUACGGCUGUUAUGCUGGAAGUUGCGCGCAUCUUUGGCGAUCUUCUAGCUAGGGGCUGGCGACCGCUUCGUACGAUUGAGUUUAUGAGUUGGGAUGCCGAGGAGUACAACCUGAUCGGCAGCACCGAGUUUGUUGAACAGAACAUGGAGAUUCUCCAGAGGAGUGCCUUCGCAUAUAUCAACCUUGACACUGCAGUUUCGGGCCAGGAGUUCCAUGCCGCCGCAUCUCCGAUGUUCCGCAAAGUCCUCUAUAAGGUGAUCGACAGAGUCUUCGACCCCAUCCUAAAUGCUACGCUUCGCGCGUUGUGGGAUGAACGCAAUGGGGAGCUUGAAGGGCUUGGUGCUGGCAGUGACUACGUGGCAUUCCAGGAUAUGGCGGGUACUAGCUCUAUCGAUAUUCGAUUCGAUGGGGCUGCCCAUCCUUACCAUUCUUCGUACGAUAAUUUCGAGUGGAUGGACCGUGUUGGAGACCAAGGGUUCAUAUACCACAACCUGCUUAGCCAAGUUCUUGGGCUUCUUAUCCUAGAACUAUCUGACAAGCCGAUAUUGCCCUUUGAUAUGGGUAAUUAUGCGCUCGCUCUCGGCCGAUAUCUGGGCGCUCUAUGGCAAUGGGCCGAAGAUAAAGGUGUUAACGGACACUUCAAUCUAGAACCCAUCAAAAACGCAAUUCAGGAGGUUGAAAAGGCUGUUACUAAAUUCGAGAAAUGGGAGACGGACUGGCAACAAAGCGUAGUGGCAUCAAACGGCUGGGAGCCAGUAGGGUUAACCCAACGGAGAGGUGACUACAAUAGCCGCAUGGCGAAUUUCGAGACCGGAUUACUGGACUUAGAGAACGGCGGUGGAAUUCCAAACCGAACUCAGUUCAAGCACGUUGUCUUCGGUCCACAGUUGUGGUCCGGGUAUGACGAGGCCUACUUCCCGGCUAUUCGGGACGCCGUCGACGCGGAAGAUUGGCCGUUAGUCCAAAAUAUUAUCGACAAAACUGCUCGUAUCAUAAGGGAUGCCGCCAAGGCGCUGAUAGAAUAAGAGGCUCGAAACGCUCAUGCUUUUAGGAGCUUCUUGUAGGUCAUGGAUGCAUUGUUCGGCGUUAGUGGGAAAUUUGGAAGGGGAUCACCAUUGUAUUGUACCUAUAGGUGGUUGAGUCUUAUUACAUCGACCUAGAUUACUUCAGGGUAUCAUCACAUAACUCGAGGCUCGGCUGGGAACAAGACUCGAAGAUUUCAUUAGAAAAGAUGAAUUCAUGGUCUUGAGGAAAUAAACAAUAUGUGAAUUAACUUUUACAACUCGUUCAGUACAAGAAGCUAGAAGCUAUGAUCUGAUCAGGGGUAUAACAGUCCAGAAGUCCGACCCAAUGAAAACAGCGAACCAUGGCCGAUAUCGAAUAUGCCCAACGAGUGGAAACU